AUGGGGGAAUCAAUCCAACGGCCGUCCACGUUGCAGGGAAAGAAUGUGUCGGCAUCGCACAAAUCCUCCCAGUAUGCAGCAUACACCGUGUAUCUUAGACUCUACCCUUCAAACCUUCUCCUCCUUGCCCAUAGUGACACGAGUCUCUUCUGGGACGACGACGACCGAGUAUACUUGAUCGGUUCUGCAGCUACUGCUCCAGAGACCAAGAUCCGACCGUUUGAGAUUGAUCUCAAGACGGGCAAGAAGCUGUCGGAGGAGAAGCUCCUUUGGGAGGGCAUCACCAAAGUCUUUCCAGAAGGGCCUCAUAUGUAUAAGAAGGAUGGAUGGUACUAUCUUCUGAUAGCAGAGGGAGGAUGCUUCGCUGAUCACCAUACUAUAAUGGCAAGAUCCAAGAGCAUUUGGGGUCCCGUUGAGGUCAAACUAGAAAACCUAGUUAUGAGAAAGACUGACCCUAAUGAAUACAUCCAGUACACUGGACAUGGAGAUCUUUUCCAAGACCCUUCUGGCCAGUGGUACUUUAUAUGCUUGGGUGUCAGAAAGACAAAGGAGGGUCGCUUCAUCAUGGGUCGCGAAACCGUCAUCACUACGACACAGUGGCCCGAAGGAGAAUUCCCUACCAUCGACUUUGCUAAAAUGGACGUGCCCGUCAAGGGCGGCAAGCAGCCUGCACCUGCUUGGCUGUUGAAGUCCAGCGGCUCGUCUCUGACCCUUGACGUGGAACUCAUGCACAUCCGGAACCCCGUCGAGGAGAAUUACAAAUACGACGGCUCAAAGACUACGCUAAUCGAUAGCAACGCCCCUUUGAACCAGUCUAGCGAACCGGUGUCGUUUGUUGGAAAACGUCAGAGGCUUUUGGAUGGUACUGCCUCAGUGAUUCUCAACGUCUUGGAUACGUCAGCACUCGAGGACACCCUGGAGGCUGGUCUCUGCUAUUACAAGGAUGAGCUGCGAUUCACUCGGGUCUUGUUGGAUGGGGUCAAAGAGGAGCUUGCCCAGAUCGACAGUCCAGACAUGACUGAGCAUGUCUUUGUUGGGCCCGUAAUCGGCGCUUUCGGCACCGCCGCGAAGGAAUCGAGAUUGGAAUUUGUUGACUUGGUUGUAGAGUAG